CUCUUGCUACAGGAAUUAUCGGUAAAUUUCUUCGUAUAUUAAAUAUUCCCUUAUUAGUAACGAAGAAUAUUUUCGGAACCGGUAUUUCCCGGUCACUUCAUUUCCUUUUUUUUUCCCGUUACGCUCUUUUUUCUUCUUCACUAGUAUAUAUGCAUCGGUGACAGUCUGCGAGUCCUCAGAGAGAGAGAGAGAGAGAGAGGGGGUUCAGGUUUAGGUUCGGGUUCAAACCGCGACGCUCUGAGACUAAGUUUUUUGAGGGGGAGUUUCGGGUUCGUCUAUGGGUGUAGAAGACCAAGAAAUGGCGCACAUAGACCCGGAAUCGUACGGCGAAGGAAAAACCAACGCUCUCUUGCCCAACACACGCUGUUGCUUCUGCUUCCCUUGCUUCGGUUCUCGUCGAUCUCCUACUGUCGGAGUGGCAUGGUGGGAGCGUAUGCGAACAUCGUCGACGACGACGAACGAUGAUCAGUGGUGGCAUAAAGGUAUCAGAGCUUUCAAAAAGCUCCGGGAAUGGUCGGAGAUCGUCGCCGGGCCGAAGUGGAAGACCUUUAUUCGCCGAUUCAAUCGGAACAAAAGCGGCAGUGGGGGAGGAGGCAGGCAUGGGAAUUUCCAAUACGACCCUUUGAGUUACUCCUUGAAUUUCGAUGAGGGACCGGGGCACAACGGUAAUUUAUAUGACGACGAUGAUUACAGCGGGUUCCGGAACUUUUCGAUCCGAUACGCAUCUUCGUCGUCUUCGGUUCCGGUUCAGCCCAAGUCCGGUGGUGUGGAAUUGGCUAAAGAUGUGGCGGUGUACGCUUAGAGGGGUUAACGUGCGCGGUGCUGGCUAACGUGGGCCGCUGGUUGGCUGCCAACGGCUACAGUGCUGGACUGUCCAGUCUAUGAGCUGGAAGGUUGACUCCAUGACGUUAUGUGACGGCGCCACUUUACCUUUUUCAUAUUUAUUUUUCUAAUAUAUAUAUAUAUAUAUAUAUUUUUUUUUCGAUAAAUUUUAUCUCAGAGUUUUAUAGGUAUAUUUAUUCUUUUAAUGUUAAAAUAUAAUAAUAUAUAUAUAUUUUUGUUUGUCCUUGUUGUACAAAAAAAAGUAAAAAUGAAUGAUGAGGAUGAGGAUGAGGAUAAAUAUGAGUAUGCGUGUAGGAUUUUGAUUAGAAUGAGCGUUAAAGGGUUGGAUUGGAAAUUUUCAUUAUUGUUUGGUGCCUUUUUGUGUUAUUAUUAUUUUUUUGGUUGCGUAAUUUGGUAAUAAAAAUGUAAAUAUGUUGUACGCUGUCGUUUUCUUGGAAAUAGUCGAAGCAAAUUGGGUCACCUUUCAUUUC